GUGGACAACUUGUUGCCUCGUUUGACUGCUGUGGUGCGCUGCUAUGCGCACAGCGCGCAGGGAACCCUGGAAGCAUGCUUGGAUGUGGAUCCUGAGGCUAAGGCCUUGAUCCUGGAUCUUGUGACCCGCUUUGCAAGCGAUUCUGACAGGGGAGGCCUGGGUCGAGCUUUAAAGAACUCCCCUAAACUGGCACGGCUAUUUCAACGGGAGAUCCAGACUGACCUAUGCAAAAUUGAAGAGCUCUGUACAUCCACGAACAGCUGCAUGAAGGCCAACUUUGCGGCCCAACGCUUCAAUAGCAUUGUGGACGUGCUCCGGUUGUUGUCUUUGCGGAUCAACUCAGUUGUGAAAUUCUUGAUCAGGGUGGCCGGGACAGAGGAGGACAAGAAACUUCGCAUUUGGGCGAAGAAUAUCUUGAAGGUUCUCACAGCCAAGAACUUGAUAAUGCUGGGAUGCUUGACCGAGUUCUUUGAAGCAGCCUCCAGGCGCGCGCAGGAGGUGCGCGAGCAAAUGUCCAGAUUGUUCGACUUCCAUGCGGCCGACGGCUCCCAGCAAGUUCCACUCGUUCUUAACAAAGACUUUUCGCGUGGAUAUGUGCAGAUGAUUUGUGAAGGUAUGCAAGAGCUGAGCAACGGCAAGAGCUUCAAUGUCAUCCAUGAGGGUGAGUUGCUGUAUCAUUUGGACUGCUACCAGCUUACUGCCCGUGAUGUGGUCGCCGACUGUCUGGGGCACAUCAGCCAUCUGAAAGCAUGCUAUCUGAAUGGCAUACUCUCCGAGCAUGAAGCUGGACUCGGAGAAGGCCUCGCUCCGUUCGAUGUGCAGCAUUGGACCUCGAACCACACCGAU